AUAUAUUUUUUUUUCUGUUUUCUUGUACAGAACUCCCAGAAAGUGAAAGUAUAUUCCUGAAAGUGAAAAUCAGAAGAAAUAGCUGCUGAGAUACAGAGAAGUAUAUUAAGGAUCGUUUGUUGGGGAAACUUUUUAAGAUGUGGUGAGGAGCCUAUAUUUUCGCCCGUGCGGUAUAUAGUGCCUUAAAAAUGGGGUUUGGAAGUGACCUGAAGUAUUCUCACGAUGCUUUAUUAAAACUGCAAGACUGGGAACUACGACUGCUGGAAACGGUGAAGAAAUUUAUGGUCAUGCGUGUAAAAAGUGAUAAAGAGUAUGCCUCCACUUUACAGAAUCUUUGUAAUCAAGUAGAUAAAGAAAGCACUUGCCAAUUGGAUUAUAUCAGCAACGUGUCCAAGUCUUGGUUGCUUGUCGUACAACAAACGGAACAGCUGAGCAAAAUAAUGAAGACACAUGCAGAGGAUCUUAAUUCUGGGCCUUUGCAUAGGCUUACAAUGAUGAUCAAAGAUAAGCAGCAAGUGAAGAAGAGUUACCUAGGUGUUCAUCAACAAAUUGAAGCAGAGAUGUACAAGGUCACAAAGACAGAACUAGAGAAACUAAAAUCUAGCUAUAGACAACUAAUAAAAGAAGUAAAUUCUGCCAAAGAAAAGUAUAAAGAAGCUGUGGCUAAAGGAAAGGAGACUGAGAAAGCCAAAGAUCGGUGUGAUAAAGCUACUAUGAAGCUUCAUAUGUUGCAUAAUCAAUAUGUGUUGGCACUGAAAGGAGCACAGUUACAUCAGCACCAAUAUUAUGACACUACGCUUCCUCUGUUACUUGAUUCGCUACAGAAAAUGCAAGAAGAAAUGAUUAAAGCCCUAAAAGGAAUCUUGGAUGAGUAUAGCCAGAUCACCAGUCUUGUUACGGAAGAGAUUGUGAACGUCCAUAAAGAGAUCCAGACCUCGGUUGAACAGAUAGACCCCAAUUCUGAGUAUAAUGACUUCGUAGAUACUCACAGGUCAUCAGAAGUUGUUGAACAAGAAAUAGAGUUUGAUACAUCUUUAUUAGAAGAAAAUGAAAACCUUCAAGCUAAUGAGAUCAUGUGGAAUAAUCUAACAGCAGAAAGUUUACAAGUCACGUUAAAAACAGUAAUAGAAGAACUGAUGCAAACACAGCAAACGCUUUUGAGCAAAGAAGAACUCGUGUUGGAACUAGAGAAAAAAAUAGAAGAGUCCUCUAAGACUUGUGAAAAGAAGUCAGAUAUUGUUCUUUUGUUGAGCCAAAAGCAAGCACUGGAAGAACUUAAGCAAACAGUUCAGCAAUUAAGAUGCUCUGAGGCAAAAUUUGCAGCCCAGAAAGAACUACUGGAACAAAAGGUUCAAGAGAAUGAUGGGAAGGAACCACCACCUGUUGUGAAUUAUGAAGAAGAUGCCAGAUCAGUCACUUCUAUGGACAAGAAAGACAAAGUCUCAAGAUUUGACACUAUACGUCAUUCCAUAGCUGGAAUUAUAAGGUCUCCAAAAUCCAUGCUGGGCUCAUCGUCAUUCUUUGAUGUAAUAUCAACCACUGAGAAACCGUUGGCAGAGCAAGACUGGUAUCAUGGUGCAAUUCCAAGAAUAGAAGCCCAGGAGCUGUUAAAACAGCAAGGAGACUUCUUGGUGCGAGAGAGCAACGGGAAACCUGGUGAAUAUGUCCUUUCUGUGUUUUCAGAUGGACAACGGAGACACUUUAUCAUACAAUAUGCUGAUAAUCAGUAUCGUUUUGAAGGAACUGGGUUUCCAACUAUUCCUCAACUCAUAGAGCAUCAUUAUACAACAAAGCAAGUUAUUACAAAGAAAUCGGGUGUUGUUCUGCUGAAUCCUGUUGUUAAGGAUAAGAAAUGGGUUCUCAAUCACGAAGAUGUCACACUGGGAGAAUUACUGGGCAAAGGUAAUUUUGGUGAGGUAUAUAAGGGAACGUUAAAGGAUAAAACUCCUGUUGCUGUAAAAACUUGUAAAGAAGAUCUUCCUCAGGAACUGAAAAUAAAAUUUCUGUCAGAAGCCAGAAUACUCAAACAGUAUGAUCAUCCUAAUAUUGUAAAACUUAUAGGAGUUUGCACACAACGACAACCUAUUUAUAUUGUUAUGGAACUUGUUCCAGGAGGUGAUUUCCUGUCCUUUUUGAGAAAAAAGAAGGAUGAACUGAAAACGAAACAGUUAGUGAAAUUUUCAUUAGAUGCUGCUUCUGGUAUGGCAUAUCUCGAAUCUAAAAAUUGUAUACACAGAGACCUGGCUGCAAGGAACUGCUUGGUAGGUGAAAACAACAUAUUGAAAAUAAGCGAUUUCGGAAUGUCUCGUCAAGAAGAUGACGGAGUAUAUUCAUCAUCAGGCUUAAAGCAGAUUCCUAUCAAGUGGACUGCCCCAGAAGCCCUCAACUAUGGGAGAUAUACAUCUGAGAGUGAUGUAUGGAGCUUUGGAAUCCUCCUGUGGGAGACCUUCAGUUUAGGAGUAUGCCCAUACCCUGGAAUGACCAAUCAACAAGCACGAGAACAAGUUGAGAAAGGUUACCGAAUGUCAGCUCCGCAAAAAUGUCCAGAAGAAAUAUAUAAAAUAAUGCAGAGGUGCUGGGACUACAAACCAGAAAACCGUCCAAAAUUCAGUGAGAUUCAGAAAGAGCUAUCUUCAAUCAAAAAGAAAGUGACAUAGUGAUAUACUGGUGCCAAACUCAAUGUGUGGGACUUUAUUUUCCAGUGAAGUAUUUUUCCCCUCAAACACUAUGCGUUUAUACAACAUUAUUUGCAAUAUUCUUCUAGGAUUACUUUGAAAUUAACUGUUUUUUUUAUAUACGUGUGCCAUCUUGAACGAUGUCUACACCUGCAUUAAAGACGUAUACUGCCAAAUGCUAUAUAACCAGUCACAGUAAUAUUGUCAUUUAGGUUACAUGUAAAUAGGAAAGCACAUACUAUAGAUUUAAGGGACUGUGGCUUUUAUGUGUUUUUACAGCAAGUAACUGCUAGUGACAUUUUUCACAGUUUUUCUACUUAAUGCUGUGUUCUCACCCUGCUAUCCCUGUCCCAGAUGUCAACACCAGCAGCACUCUAACAUGGUGACUGUGUCAUGCAUGUUGGCCUUAAAACUGAAGACAGUUUUGACAGUAUUUCAGCUAGAAACUUUUAUAUUUUUCAAAUUCUUUCUGCAACUGAUAUUUUUAAAUGACAGUUUGUUUCAACAAUAAAGGUCAAUUAGGUUCUGGAUAUAACUCUGCUUACUAAACAGUGAAAUCCAGAAUUUUCUUGUGUAAAAACUAUUACACGUCCAUUUUUUACCAUGCUAUAAUACAUAUUUCUGACUUUUGAUGUGAUUUGCUUAUGCUACCCCUUUACUUCCUAAGAAAUCAUCAGAAUUCAGUAAUAUGUCUCCUUUACAAUUGCCUAUGUUUAUUUAAGAAACAACAGCAACCAAAAAAUCAAGUAUUUACUACAUGAAAUACUUAAGAAAUUUAUUCAGUUAAGAAAUACUGCAAAUCACCUGUCUUCCAAAGAAUAUGUAAAAACAGCAGGCCAACAGAAAGAGGUUUGCUAAUGAUAGCAGCAUGCAUUAGGUGACCAAUAAUAGCAUUGUUCUUAGAGGAGUUAAAGAAUGUGAAUUGCUAGAUUUGCUUUUUAUCCUGAUUUUUUUCAUUAAAUUGGUAAUAAUUCUCAGUAUGCAGCUAGAGCUUAAGGCUUUGCUAAGCAAAAGUACAUUCCAUGCAUGGUGUACAAAGGAAAACACUAUGUCUGUAUAGCAUUAGGAGUCAUUCAAGAAAUCAAAAGAAGGAAGUAUAUUUUAAGCCUCUGGCAGGCUGAACAAAGAAGAGAAAUACUAACCUUCAAGAGAUUUCAAAAGAUGGGGAUAGGCAACUUGUAAAUGCCACCAGGAAUAAAAAAUAAAUAAAAAAUAAAUAAAAAAUAAAAAUAAAAUAAUAAUAAAAAAAAAACUUGUAAAAAAAAAUAAAAAAUAAAUUAAAAAAAAAUAAAAAUAAAUGGUUCCUCAUUAUAAGACAGUAGAUGGGGGAAAGAGGAAAGGUACAGUUUAUUGCUCUGGCUUUGUGUCGUUUUUCUAGCUUGGAUUAUUUUCUAGGGCCCUAUGUAGAAAUAGGAACAAGUUACAGAACCCUGGUCUGAGUUCCAGAUUUAAGGUGCUUAAAGUUUCUUUAUGAAUUACCUAAAACUUACCAGAUCAAGAGAUGUCCAUUACUACUAAUGCAAGUAAGAAACAGAGACUGAAAAUAACACAGCAUCUGGAAUGUUUAUUACCCCUAUACUUGACUGUUACCAUGGGAUUGAGAUGUAGUGAAGUCUGGCUACAUUACAUUUUUAUUUCUGUUAAGUUGAUUUUUCUGUGGUCCACAGCAUUUUUGCUCUUUAAAGUGUAUUUGCGGUAGUACUGAGUGAUAAUUUUUAAGGGCUAUGCGUGACCAAAAUAUGUGUAGUCUAGAGGAGUUUGUUACAUUGGAGUUAGUGUCCAAAUAAAACAAAAAAUGAGCAUGUUGUAGCAUCUCACCUGCAUUUGAGGUGGAACUGUCAGCAACCAAAUAUUAGGAAUGGUGAAUGCUUGGAUUUCUGAAGGGAUUUUUUUUCUUGGACCUAAGGAAGCAAAUAUAUACCCAUGAAGGUAUAUGGCCUCCUUGCCAGUGUACUGGACAUAUUUUCUUAGUACUACAUUUCCAAGUAGCCCAAAGAUAUUUUCAAGAGCAGUGGGAAGCAUUCUUGUUAGUUUGUAUGCUUUUAAGAUUACAUAAAGUUUGUGCCUUAAUUUGCUAGUAUGCUAAUGCAAAUGUAAGUGCACUAAGAUUUAAGAACUGCACCACAAAAGUAUGGAAAAAUCCCUGUCCCAACUCCAUGAUUAAUUCAACUGCAGGACAUUAUGUAUGCAUCACUAAAGUCUGCAAGUAAGGAUAAUGGUGUCUUCUCUGUCAACAUUCAUUGCUUCUCCGGAGAGCUGAUAUUCUUCUUCUAUGAAGAGAAUUAUUUCUUUGCUAUAUAACCUUGCCAGGAAAAAAAAAAAAAAAAGUAUUUUUCAAAUAAAAUACUUUUUUAUUUGUCUUAAAUUAACUGGUAACCAUCCUAUCACAUACAGAUAAGAAAUAUAUUCAUAUUUUACUCUUGUAAUUCAUAUCACACUUCCGUUUAAAUUUAAAGUCUUUUUAAAACAUGGGGUUUAUAUAGCAGCAAGAAGAUGUAUUAUUACUGCUGAAGUAAGCAUCAGUGCAGUUAAAAAAUAAUCACUCUUUGGGAGAAUAGCAGAAAGAGUUUAUAGGUAUAAAAUAAAUUUAAACACAUUAUGUGUUCUGUUUUUGUUGGUUUUGUUUGUUUGUUUGUUUUUCUUUCUUUUUCCUUGUAAUUAAUUUGGCAGUGUUUGUGGCAGAAUUUGUUCAUCAUGUCUCACUUAUAAUUUUUGCCAUUAUAUACUUCAGGAAGUGAAAUCCGUAACUGUGGAAUUUUUUUUAAGUUUCUGCAAACUUCUUGCAGGGCAAUUUCCAAACUAUGAUACUUAAGACAGACAUGGUAUUUAGGAACCAAAGCUGCCAUAUGUGCUUUCUGUGAACUUUUGAUGACCGAAGUCUUGCAUCAUUCAGAGUUCACCAAGGUACUGAUCAUUUGGCUUGAGUGUUUGGUUUGCUCUAGAAAGUGUACAAAAAACAGGUUGUCUCUUUUGGAAGCAUAGUAUUUCAAGUAGGUUCUUACACCUGCACUCAGUCCCAACCAGGCAGAGUCCAAGGGAGCUCUGCACAGUGUGCACUGCUUAAUGGAGGGACUUCACAUACUGCUGAGGGUCUGCUACACGAGGUGGAACUCAACAGGUUAUCUGUUAUUUUCAUAUUUUUUUCUGAGGAAUUGCAUUCAUUGCUUUUUAUUUGUUUGUUUUUGUGUUUUGUUUUUUUUUUUUUGGUUUGGCUUGGUUUUUAUUGUUCUGAAGACAUGCUUAUUUUAAGAAGUUUUCAGCAGAAAUUGAGCCCAGAUGUAAGCUUCAGAGUUCAGUCAUCAGUGAAAUCAUGAGGAUUCGUAAGCAUUUCAGUUCUAUGAGAAGUAAGAUAUUGAAAAGCAUCGUGUCUGAAAACAAACUACUUCAGCAGAGGUAUGAUCUCUCAAAAUCAGCACUCCACCAAGACAUUCUCCUUGAAAUGUACAGUUUGUUUAGUUUCUAAUGAAAGCAAUGAAGUAGUUUUUCACUUAACAUCUAAAGUUAUGUUGCAUUUCUUCUUCUCUACUUCAGCAAAGUUCUGCCAUUUUAUUGAGUUACUUAAUAUUUUAAAGUUGUUUUUGGAAAGCGUAUCGCCAGAAGGCUAUCCGUAAGAAGUGCAGUUUGUAAAGUAAGUCUCAUCCUAUUUAUGUGAGUGAAAUAGAAAACUAGUUAAGGAAAUAAUAGGUUGUUUUUUAAUUCAUGUUUUUAAUCACCUGCUGUACUUACUCACAUCCUAGGAGCACAUCAGUAAAGGUUCCUAUGAAGUUAUACAUUUGUUAUCUGUUACAGCCAUUUUAACCAUUUUGUUAUGCCUUUUGCACCCGUUGCAAAGGUACUAACAACAACAACAAAAAACAUACCAAAACAAGACCAAAAACAAAACAAACAAACAAAAAAAACUUCUCCUGACAUUACACAGAGUAACCAAAGCUCAGAAGCAUUUGAAAUUGUCUCCUCCCACCCCAGCUUUUCCCAGAUGUGAGGCUGCAUGAAUAGUAACAACAGUGAUUAACUGGUAGGCCAGUUUCCAUUAUUCUUACUGUCACAUCCUCUAAAUGGCAGUGCUGCUGAUGCACUUUCAACUGUGAACUAUUUGAAGAGACGAGUUAGUGUGUGAAUAGUCAUCACAUUUGAGGGCAGUAGUGCUGAAAAUGGCUGGUUGUCACAAUUAGUGAUAACUCCUUUUAAAGAUGGAAUAAAAAGAAAGAGGCUAAUUGGGAACGUCCACUUUUUGUAACAGCCGUCCUGUCUGUAGGUGACAGAAAUGUUUGGUAUGCCUGUGCACUUGUAUUAGUAAGAUUUUUAUGACUAAGCAUAAAAUAGUUUACUAUUAAAAUAAGAGUUCACCAAUAAUUUUCUUUUUCCUAAAGCCAAAAAAGGACGUGAUAUUGUUGGAGGCAUUCUUGCUAGGCAAGUUAGGAUAAUGUGGAGGGAAGAAUGCAGAGGGAGGAACACCUCUUCUACCAAACAAGGUACCUUUUGUCUUCUCGGAAUUAUCAGGAAUUAAAAAAUAAAUUAAUUAGUAAUUAGAAAGUCCAAGGGAUGUCCAGUAUUCCUGAAGUUCUAAACAAUCUGGUAAAUCUGGAGCAUCAGCUCUAUUAAAAGAAUUCUAUUUUCCUUCUGCGGAAAUUACUACAAAAGAUUGAGUUCUUGAACAUUCAGCAGUAACAGUGUGUAAGGAAAAAUGCAUCAACCUCAAAACCAUCCACUUUACAUAGAAAUAACAUCAGUAAGGAAUAUUAUUUGUAGUCUUAUAUUAGAAUUCUCCUAGAAUCCAGUGUCAAAUUCUGAAUGCUCUUUCUAGUACUGCCACUGAUUCUUCACUGAAACAGAUAAUGUAUCUGUCAUUUCUAGCUCUGUCUGUUUUUCAGCCUUGCAUAUUUGUGCAUUAUUAACACCCAACUUCACUAGCAGACCCCCAAAUUGAAGAGUGCUUCAAUGAAAAGCACAGCAAGUUAAGCUUAGCAGUUCGCACAUUUUCCCCACUAUUGCCCAUACUUAAAAAAAAAAAAAAAAAAAAAGGUGGGGGGACAAAUAGGCCUCUCAAAUACAGUUGAUUGAGGUCAUAGAGUAAAAACAUAGAGGUGCCAUUACAUUCUUUUUUCCUCUGUCAUCAUAUUUACAAAGUUCAAUGCUUUGUAAAUAGAACUUGCAAUAACGGCCUUUGUGUUUAUGCAUAAAUAUGAACUGUGAACCAAUAUAGUAACAUAGGACUCGUACUGCUACCUGCAGGAAGGCUUGGAAAAAGUGUUCCUAACUUGCAACUAUUUGGAAUUGCCAUCUGGUUUAGAACCACAGAAGUUUGUACUACGUAAUCAUGUACGUAACUGAAGUUUUGUAGUGCAUAAUCAGGUAUAAAGCUGAAGUUUUGUUAGUAGGGUAGAAGAGACAGCACGUGCUUUUCCAUGCUUCCCUUCAUAAAUUGAAGGCAAUUCUGCUUUUUAAAAGAAAACAAACAAACAAACAAAAACAGAUUCGUCAUAGAUUUCUUCUAGAUUACAGAUGUUGAAAGUAUUGGAAACAAUUUUUCGACACUUAAAAAAAGAAAUAGACAUUAUUAUUUUCAUACAGUCAGCUCAGUCUUUCCCAACAUAUGAAGAAUUCUGUAAUUAUUAAAUGCAGUAAAAAUAUGAAACACUUUCCUUACUGGUAUGUGAACUAGUUCACUCAGAUCCUGUGCUUCAAUUAUUAAAGAAUCUUUCUGCUCUUCACAAAGGGGUGCAAGAGGUUAAUAAUUCUGUCUGAGCUCUGCUGUAAUAAUCUGGCCCUUUGCAUCUCCAAACUGUUUCUUAAUUCUGAUGAUGCUGUGUAGCACACAUGGUGCCUUUUCACUUACUACAAGAAAGUUACUGUUGUAACAGAAAAGUUCAAAUAUAUCCCUGUUUUUGCUUGACUCAAAAAUAUUAUAUUGAUGUUGUACCUUGAUUCCCGUGGCAACGUGUUGAUCUGAAAAUUGAAGUAACUGUGAAGGUGAAGCACAUUGUUCAAGUCAUGUUUCUAAUCAAGUUACAAACCCUGGAUGUAUCGUGAACUGUACAUAUCAUAAAAGACAUCAAAAAAAAAAAAAAAAAUAGCAACAACAUUUCUGACUGCCUGGUUUGUGAUACAGAGCAUCCUGCUCCUAUUGGGAAAAAUACAAGCCUAAUUGUGCUCCUGGAAAAAGGAUUAUUUGGCUGUCAGACUAGAUUCAAAACACUGUCUUUGAAAUGAGUAACAAUAAUUUAAUUCCAACUAAGCCUCACCAUAAAUAAGCCUUUUAGUUACAAAAAAUUCCAAAGAGUGUUAAUUUUCGCUUUGUUACCCAUUUUGGUUUUAGAACUUUGACCUGUGUGUGUCAUGUAACAUGUACUUGUACCAGUAAUUAUACCCCACUACCAACAAAUGCGAAGGCUUGCAACUUCAGAAGAUAAGCACUGAUUUGUCAGUAAAGGUCUGUAGGGAGUUCACUAGGUGUCUAAGUUGAUAUUUUAAUGCAUUUUAAAUGUCAGAAAAGUAACUGUUUCAGCAAAAAACUGUUACACGGUUUCAACAGCAGUAUUCCUCCUACAAAAUAUUACUGCAGUAGUAAUAUAUUUGUAUUGGGCUUGAAUUCAACAAGAAGGUAGAACUGUACCUUUCUUCUUCCUCUCACGUUUAUCGGAAAAGGGAACUGCUAAGUUAAAGCAGCCAGUUCGGGUGCUCCUGGCCAUCCUGAUACGUAGCAUAGAUGCGGCCAGAAUACUGUAGAGGCCUUGCAGACUGAAUGGCACUGUUUUAUGACAUGCUUACACCCACUGCAAGUCACUAACAAAUCUUCUGGGGAGUGAAGUUUGCUGUAUCUCAGAGUGGGGCUGAUUCCUUACAUUGCCUGAAGUUGUAGUGCUUAAAGAGAAAUAGUGACAAAAGAAUUUUUCUUUAUCACUAUGCAGGCAAACAGACAAGGAGAUAAACAAGGAGGAGUCUGCAUUAUUAACCUUCCUUCCACCUUCUGCUUGGUGGAAUUCAAACUCUUCAGUAGACCUACCACCUAGAGAUAUAUCUGUUCCUGCUGUUAGGUGUGUAAUAAUUGCCUGUAACUGACAGCUUAACCUGUUUUAUUCUACCGAGGUCCUCACCUAAUUUUUCACUAAAGUGCUGAAAACAUGUAAUAGGAAGAAAUAGACUCAUCACAUUGGACCCAAAAGUCAGGCAGACACCUAAGCAGAAAUUUUGAGGACUGAAACCCAAAAAUGAACAACUGGCUGUACCUUCUAUUAAAGGAUUGUGUAAUUACAUGCAUAUUCAAAAGACUUCCAGAGAUGAAACUUGAACUAACAGUUGUAGGACUGCUGUUUUUCAGUUGCACGUGUUUCUUUUCCUUUGUACAAUUGUAGGCAGCUGGGGUUAGAGGAGGAGUGUUGGGGAAGGAGGGAAGGUUGGUUCACUGAGCCACUAGCACACACGAAGUACUCCUGACACCAGUAAUCCUGAGUGGGGCACAGUUGGCAUACACAUUUAGAUUUCUUUUCAAGUUUGUGCCAAAGUAUGCACCAGCAAGUUUAAUAUCAGGUAAAGCACCUUUUAUACUCUUUGUUGUUUAAAAAUAAUAUAUUUGUGAAACAGAUUGAUAAUACAUAACACUGGAAAUGGGUGCGUCUUCCCAAAAGUACACAUGUAAAAAUAAAAAAUAAACAACCAACAUUGCGAAUUUAUCUGACUUUUAAGCAAGUCUGAAAAUGAUAACUAUGUAAUACAGUUGCCAGUUGUCUGUCCUUUAUAAUUUUAAAUAGAUCUGCAUUUUAACUUUAUUUAUUUGCCUUUUUAUAUACUUUAAAGUUACACUUUUGAACUUAAGCUAACUUUUUAUUUUCCUAGGCUGAUACAAAACAGAAUUUCAGUAUUCUUGUAAACUGCAGACCAUUUUUGAAUAGUCCUCUGCCUUUUCUCAUGGACCAGUUACCACUAAUGAGUCUGCAGUCCUCCCUUUUUACUGUACUCUUCCAAUAAAUGUAAAAUAUUUGUAUC